UGAGCUCCAGCAGAAACGCGCAAAGAUGCUCUGAAAGCAAGACUGCAGCAUCUCCGAGUCAGAGCCUACAAAAACAUCGCAUCUCCUCCAAGCGCUCGUCCAUCCAGCUCUAUCUGCAGGGUUUGGCCUGCAUGCGGGAUCCGCUGUUUUUGUCUCUCGCAUCUUGUACAUUUCCCGUUGCUAUUUAUUAUCCGCGCACAUCUUCCCAGUUUUUAGCAGUGAAUCUUUUGAGUUCUGCUGACCACUGAGGUCAUACAUUGUUUCCAGCAGGAGAGCGCCAUCGCAAGCCACGAGUGAGGACGUUUCCCCACAUCACUUCUUAUUAAUAUCAGUGCAGCCUGAGCAUAAUCGAGCUACUGGAUAUCGAUGCGUCUUUCGUUCUGUAUCUAGGCUGCUACGGAGGAUCGACGCACCCCAAACAUUCAUCGUGGUUUCACAUUUAGAAACGACCAUAUCUGCGUAUCGCGUCUAGGGAGAACGAGAGCGAGCCUAAAGCUUCUUUAUAAAAAAUGAUGGCCGGUGGGGCAGUGCAGCAAAACGGGAUUUUCUCCAAUCCGCAUCAUCACAAUCAGCAGCCGCACAUGGAGUCUGAUCCCCCCGAUUCCCGCAAAAGACCCCUGGAGACCCCAACGGAGGCCAGCAGCACCAAACGCACAAACACAGGAGAGAGAUGCAACCAAGCGGCCAUCCAUGAUCCACCAUUUUCAUCAUCAGAUUUUGUCGGAUUUCACGAGGAAGGCGAAUAUUUCUUGAAGGUUCUGAUUCCAAGCUACGCCGCAGGCUCCAUUAUUGGCAAGGGUGGUCAGACUAUUGUCCAGCUACAGAAAGAGACAGGGGCCACCAUCAAGCUGUCCAAAUCCAAAGACUUCUACCCGGGAACAACAGAGCGUGUCUGCUUGAUCCAGGGCACUGUAGAGGCGCUGAACAGCGUCCAUGACUUCAUCGCAGAGAAGGUGCGGGAGAUGCCGCAGAGCGCUCAGAAAACAGAGCCGGUUAGCAUACUUCAGCCACAGACCACCGUCAACCCUGACCGUGUCAAACAGGCCAAGCUCAUAGUGCCCAACAGCACGGCAGGGCUGAUCAUCGGCAAGGGCGGAGCCACGGUGAAGGCCGUCAUGGAGCAGUCCGGCGCCUGGGUCCAGCUCUCACAGAAACCCGAAGGCAUCAACCUGCAGGAACGCGUUGUCACCAUCAGCGGGGAGCCUGAGCAGAACCGCAAGGCUGUGGAGAUCAUUGUGCAGAAGAUCCAGGAGGACCCACAGAGCAGCAGCUGUCUGAACAUCAGCUACUCCAACAUCUCCGGCCCUGUGGCCAACUCCAACCCCACCGGUUCCCCAUACGCCAACUCGGCAGAGGUGAUGCCGGCUGCUGCGGCGGCGGCGGCAGCCACGGCCUCCAGUCUCCUAGGGCAGGCCAGUCUGGCUGGAGUGGGCGCUUUCCCCACCACCAUGUCCAGCUUCUCAGGAAACGACCUGCUGACUAUCACAUCCGCGCUGAACACGUUAGCCAGCUACGGAUACAAUACCAACUCCCUGGGCCUAGGGCUCAACCCUGCGGCUGCCUCAGGAGUCCUCGCCGCUGUGGCCGCAAGCGCCAACCCCGCCGCAGCCGCGGCCGCCAACCUGCUAGCCUCCUACGCCAGCGAUGCGUCCACCAGCUCUGGCCACCCGGCGACCAGCCUGGGAGGCUUCACGCUAGGAUCGCUCGCCGCCGCCACCGGAGCCACCAACGGCUACCUGAGCGCCGCUUCCCCGCUGAUGGCGAGCUCCCUGCUGGCCACCGAGAAGCUGACCGAGGGUCACAAAGAUGUGGUGGAGAUUGCGGUGCCGGAGAACUUGGUGGGUGCCAUUUUGGGGAAGGGAGGCAAAACGCUUGUGGAGUACCAAGAGCUGACGGGAGCCCGCAUUCAGAUCUCCAAAAAGGGAGAGUUUGUUCCUGGCACCAGAAACCGUAAAGUUACCAUUACCGGAUCACCAGCCGCCACACAGGCAGCCCAAUAUCUUAUCAGCCAGCGAAUCACAUACGAGCAGGGUGUGAGGGCCACCAAUCCGCAGAAGGUGGGCUAAAAACAGGGAGUAUGAAAAAAGGAGAGAAAAAGAGUGGGGGAUGGGGAAGAUACAGAGAAAGAUGGAGGGCACGAAUAUCGACGGAAAUCAGCCACAUUCUUUGUGGGAAAAAUCUCAGUAUUAAAAAAAAUGGAAAGAA